UUUUGUUUGUUCUUGUUCGUGUUCUUGUUCUUUGUCGGGUUAGAUCUGUUUUUUGCUGUCUCAUGUGGAAGAAUUUUGGAAUAAUUUCAAAUCACUGAUAUAGAAGAGGAAGAAGAAGAAGAAGAAGAAGGGAUUCAGAUGAUGAUGAAAGGGAAUUUUUUGUCUCAACAACAACAUCAACAACACCAAGUUUUAAUGGAUGAAAAUUUGUCCAAUUUGACUUCUGCAUCUGGUGAAGCUACUGCUAGUGUUUCUUCUGCUAAUCACUAUUUUGAUCCUCAAUCCCAACACCCGCCGCCGCCGCCGCCACCGCCUCCGCCUCCUCCUCCGAAGAAGAAACGCAACCUCCCCGGAAACCCCGACCCAGAUGCGGAAGUGAUAGCAUUAUCGCCGAGAACACUAAUGGCGACGAAUCGAUUCGUAUGCGAGAUCUGCAACAAAGGGUUUCAAAGAGAUCAGAAUCUUCAACUACAUAGAAGAGGACACAAUCUACCAUGGAAGCUGAAGCAAAGAUCAAACAAAGAAGUGGUGAAGAAGAAGGUAUAUGUGUGCCCAGAGAGCAGCUGCGUCCACCAUGACCCAUCAAGAGCCCUUGGAGACCUCACAGGUAUCAAAAAGCACUUCUACAGAAAGCAUGGCGAAAAGAAGUGGAAAUGCGAUAAGUGUUCUAAGAAAUAUGCUGUUCAAUCUGAUUGGAAAGCUCACUCCAAAAUCUGUGGCACUAAGGAGUACAGAUGUGACUGUGGAACACUGUUUUCAAGGAGAGACAGUUUUAUAACUCAUAGAGCUUUCUGCGAUGCAUUGGCGGAUGAAAGUGCAAGAUCAGCUAUGGCGUUAAACCCGCUAAUUUCUUCUUAUAAUAAUAAUAAUAAUAAUUUUGUUAUUAAACGGGACUUUAGUAAUGGUAACAAUAUGAGGGCGGAGAUUCCACCGUGGCUACACUCGAAUGAUCUUCGAGGGGAAAUUUUUAUUGGGAGUUGUCAAGACGAGCAUCCGCACCAGAAUCAUGAAACCCUAAACCCGAACGGGCACGGGCACGGACACGGGUGCGGGGCGAGUAUUGGACUUCCUCCUCCUUCUUCAUAUCAGUGUUCUUCGGUUUCUUCUCCUCAUAUUUCAGCCACUGCAUUGCUGCAGAAGGCAGCUCAAAUGGGUGCCACCAUGAGUAGUACCACUACCACGAGUGGCUCUAUGCAAAGGCCCCACAAGAUGGUUCACGUGUCUACAGGUGAUUAUGGGCAGAUCGGAGGAGGAGCGGUGAGUUGUAGUAGUAGUUGUACUGAUUACGGGCACAAAGCUGCGGCGGUUUCAGCUUCGGAACCUGCCACUUUUCUUCACGACAUGAUAAAUUCCCUCUCUUCUGCUUCGGCUUCUCAUCCCUUCCUACAAGAUUCCUCCUUUAACGACGUCACGGCGUUCCCCGCCAUGCAUCACCACAUCGUCCCCGCUACUGCCACCACCACGGUCACCGCCGCUUCGGGCGGUCGAAGCGACGGUUUAACGAGGGAUUUUUUGGGGCUUCGCCCUCUUUCCCAUGGAGAUAUUCUAAGCCUUACUGGUUUUGGGAACUGCAUUGUUCCUAAUUCCUCCAAUCUUCAAAGUCAAAUCCAGAAGCCAUGGCAGGGUUAGAUUCUUAUUACAAGAGAUGAACAACAUUUUUAUUUUCUCAGCUGUUUUUUUUUUUUUUUUCACGUAAAUUACUUUAUGGAAUGUUCAUCAUUUGUAAGCUUAAUUAUUGUCACCUUUAUUUUAUAUGAAAAGAAUAUUUCAUAUCUUAA